AUGUCUACUCAGAAAUACAUGAGAAAAGGGUGUGAAGCUUAUCUUGUUUAUGUGUUAAAUACUGAGAUGACUGAGUCGAAGCUUGAAUCAGUACCGGUAGUCUGUGAAUUUCCAGACGUAUUUCUAGAGGAAUUGCCUGGGUUACCUCCGAUUAAAGAAGUUGAGUUUGCUAUUGAUUUAUUACCUGGGACUGCACCAAUUUCCAUUGCUCCAUAUAGAAUAGCUCCAACUGAAUUGAAAGAAUUAAAAGCUCAGUUGCAAGAGUUGACAGAUAAAGGAUUUGGAUUUUUGAUGAUUGCUUCUCCUAUGACUAAGCUACUGCAAAAGAAUGUUAAGUUUGAGUGGACUGAUAAAUGUCAGCAGAGUUUUGAGAAAUUCAAAACAUUAUUGACAGAGGCGCCGGUUUUGGUGCAACCUGAGACGGGGAAAGAGUUAGUGAUUUAUAGUGAUUCGUCACUAAACGGUCUUGGUUUUGUGUUGAUGCAAGAGGGCAAAGUAGUAGCUUAUGCUUCGAGAUAG